GGCUGCUUUGGAAGAAGUAGAAGGAGAUGUGGCAGAAUUAGAACUAAAACUUGAUAAGCUUGUGAAGCUUUGUAUUGUGAUGAUUGAUACAGGAAAAGCCUUUUGUGUUGCAAAUAAACAGUUCAUGAAUGGCAUUCGAGACCUGGCACAGUAUUCUAGUAAUGAUGCUGUAGUUGAGACCAGUUUGACCAAGUUUUCAGACAGUCUUCAAGAAAUGAUAAAUUUUCACACAAUCCUGUUUGACCAAACUCAGAGAUCAAUUAAGGCACAGCUUCAAAAUUUUGUUAAAGAAGAUCUUAGAAAAUUCAAAGAUGCCAAGAAGCAAUUUGAAAAAGUCAGUGAAGAAAAGGAAAACGCAUUAGUAAAAAAUGCUCAAGUACAAAGAAAUAAACAGCAUGAAGUUGAAGAAGCCACAAACAUUCUGACAGCAACUAGAAAAUGUUUUCGACACAUUGCUCUUGACUAUGUACUCCAGAUUAAUGUUCUUCAAUCAAAAAGGAGAUCAGAAAUCCUAAAAUCAAUGUUAUCCUUUAUGUAUGCCCAUUUGGCCUUCUUCCAUCAAGGAUAUGAUCUGUUUAGUGAGCUUGGGCCUUAUAUGAAGGAUCUUGGAGCACAGUUGGAUCGACUGGUUGUGGAUGCAGCAAAGGAGAAACGAGAAAUGGAGCAAAAACAUUCGACCAUUCAACAAAAGGAUUUCUCCAGUGAUGACUCUAAGUUAGAAUAUAAUGUAGAUGCUGCAAAUGGCAUUGUUAUGGAAGGAUAUCUGUUCAAACGAGCCAGCAAUGCCUUCAAAACUUGGAACAGGAAAAAGCCCGAUCAUAUCAGACGCUGGUUUUCAAUACAGAACAAUCAGUUGGUUUACCAGAAAAAGUUUAAGGAUAACCCCACUGUAGUAGUUGAAGAUCUCAGACUCUGCACAGUGAAGCAUUGUGAAGACAUAGAACGCCGAUUCUGCUUUGAGGUAGUCUCUCCAACAAAAAGUUGUAUGCUCCAGGCAGAUUCUGAAAAGCUGCGCCAGGCAUGGAUUAAGGCUGUUCAGACCAGUAUUGCUACUGCUUACAGAGAGAAGGGUGAUGAGUCAGAGAAGCUGGAUAAGAAAUCAUCUCCAUCCACAGGAAGUCUAGAUUCUGGAAAUGAGUCAAAAGAGAAAUUAUUGAAAGGAGAAAGUGCACUGCAGCGGGUCCAGUGUAUCCCUGGCAAUGCCAGCUGUUGCGACUGUGGUCUGGCAGAUCCCCGCUGGGCCAGCAUCAACUUGGGCAUUACCUUGUGUAUUGAGUGCUCUGGGAUUCACAGGAGUCUUGGGGUUCAUUUUUCAAAAGUACGAUCUUUAACUUUGGAUACCUGGGAGCCUGAGCUUUUAAAGCUUAUGUGUGAGUUGGGGAAUGAUGUUAUAAAUAGAGUUUAUGAAGCUAAUGUGGAAAAAAUGGGAAUAAAGAAACCACAACCAGGACAAAGACAGGAGAAAGAAGCAUAUAUCAGAGCAAAAUAUGUGGAGAGGAAAUUUGUGGAUAAAAAUUCUAUGUCAUCAUCACCUUCUGAGCAGGAAAAAAAGAUUGUCUCCAAAAGUUAUGAAGAAAAGAGGCUGAGCAUUUCCAAACUUGGACCAGCUGACCAAGUCAGAGCAUCUGCCCAAAGUUCAGUUAAGAGUAAUGACAGUGGAAUCCAGCAGAGUUCUGAUGAUGGAAGAGAGUCUUUACCCUCUACAGUAUCAGCCAAUAGUUUAUAUGAGCCUGAAGGAGAAAGGCAAGAUUCUUCUGUGUUUCUUGAAUCUAAACAUCUCAACCCAGGACUGCAGCUUUAUAGGGCUUCAUAUGAAAAAAACCUUCCUAAAAUGGCUGAGGCUUUGGCUCAUGGUGCAGACGUGAACUGGGCUAACUCAGAGGAAAACAAAGCAACACCGCUUAUUCAGGCUGUGUUAGGGGGCUCUUUGGUGACAUGUGAGUUCCUCCUACAGAAUGGUGCUAAUGUGAACCAAAGAGAUGUCCAGGGGCGGGGCCCACUGCACCAUGCCACCGUCUUGGGGCACACAGGGCAGGUAUGUUUAUUCCUAAAACGAGGUGCCAAUCAACAUGCCACUGAUGAAGAAGGGAAAGAUCCUUUGAGCAUAGCUGUGGAAGCAGCCAAUGCUGACAUAGUAACCUUGUUACGUUUAGCAAGAAUGAAUGAAGAGAUGCGAGAAUCAGAAGGACUUUAUGGACAGCCAGGUGAUGAAACAUACCAGGACAUUUUUCGUGAUUUUUCCCAAAUGGCAUCCAAUAACCCAGAGAAGCUAAAUCGUUUCCAGCAAGAUUCCCAGAAAUUCUGAAAUUUUUUAAGAAGGGGGAAAUAUGAAAUCUGGUGACCCCCUAAUGUGUACAGCUGAAAACUUACAAAUUUUUACUGCUUUCAUUUUACUUACUUAAUUUGCUAGAGAAUGAAAAGUUUGGGAAAAAAAAAAGGUACCCAGUCAUGGAUAUUUUUAUAAAUUGAAAUAUAGCUGGGGGGGGGGUUAGAACCUACUUUAGGACCUAUUUAAAAAAAAAAAAAAAGCCUUUGUUUAAAGGGCUGUUUUUAAUAGAUAAAGUUGGUUAGACUUAAGCCAUCUGUAGGUUGUAAGAUGCUGAAAAGAUUAGACAUUAUCUCUCUCCCUCUCUUUUUGUUUGCCAAUGAGUGAUAGCAUUGAUUUUUUUCCCCAUGAUACCCAGGAUCAUUCAGUCAAGCAUGUCUGCGUCAAGGGGGAGCAGAUGUUGUGCCUGCUUUUCUUAGCUUCCAUGAUGCUUCGUAGUCAUCCAGAAGUAGGUGUGUGUGUGUAUGUAUGUUUUUUGCGUGUUUUAGGGUAGCCUAGCCCCCAUACACAUAAUGUAUGCUUUAAUGAUUAGAAUAGAGACUAUGUUUGGUUGUGCUCCUUAGAUCACAGGCUGUUGCCCAGGACUUCCGUGUGCAUGUACUAACUGUACAGGUAGACAGAGUUCCGCCUUUUAGAAUUAGACCUUUUAUGAAACAAAAAGAAGCCUUUAGUUGUUUCUUUUUUGUUGGCUUUUGUUUUUUAAUAACAGAAGCAUCAGUUUAGAAGUUGUAAUUCUUUAUCUUGGGGUUGAUUUCCUAAAACCUUGACCAAUUUAUCCAUGUAAUAAAACUGUGUUUCUAAGGUUACUGAAUGUUGCAAAAUUAUGCUUUCAUCAAAAUCUAACAUUCAAAAGACAAGUUCAUUUAUAAAAUAAUGUAGAGCAUUUUUAUAGUACUUGAAUGUAUCCUUUUUUAAAUGCAUUUUUGCUAUUGUUCCCAGUGAAAGAAAAAUCUGUACAAAGGAAGAGGAAAACCACUUUUUUUUUUCUAGUUUAUAUGCAACUACGCAGCAACAAAUUGUUUUUUUCUACAUCUAUACUGUGUACCUGUGCACAGUUUACGUUCUUUUAAAUUAUAUCAUGUAUAUAAUUUUACUGUUUGCUUACAUGAAUCAUAACUAUUAAAUUCCAAAAUAUUAUGGAUUUACUUACUUCCCUUAAGAAGCUACAAAUUAGUCUGAUUCCAUCUUUGACUGACAUAUCUUAUCAAAAGUAUAGAAUAAUUAAGUAAUUUGCCUAAGGUUCCUUAAAUGUUGCCAACAACUAAGUUUCAUUUUUUAAAAAUAAAUUAUAUGCAAAUAAUAUUAUUUCUAAAUAAUAAAGGUUUUGAACAUAAAUUAUAUUUAAUAGGAUAGAUAAUGCAUUUUAGUAUUUUUCCCCCUACAAUAACUAGAGUUUCAUAAAAUCAUAUUUUACCCAAAUGGGAAUUAUACCAAAAUAAAUUCACAUCACAGGAAAGGUUCCAUAAUGUGGCCAAACUGCAUGUAUGUCAUGCUUACUUAGUAAUCAUCACUAUGUAUUAGACAAGGAUAAAAUUAUACUUGUGAGUUAUUUCUGAAGAAAUGCUAACUUCCAAAGCAUUUUGUUUUAAUUACAACUACUGUUGUAAUUAACAGGAACAUUUCACCUUCCUCUCAUUCACCUCAGAGUCACGUUACUUGGCUUUUUCGGUACUUUAUUUAAAGGUAAAAGUCUGACUUGUAUCAUGUUUUGUGAGAGUGUGCUCUGAAACAAAUUGUCUAGAAAGCUCAAGGAAAAGAAGUAUGUUAAACAGAAGGAAAGAGAGAAGCCUGCCUUCCUUUGUAGUGCCUGCUCCCCUUUAACUGUAGGACUUCACUCCUCAUGCUCCUGACCUGUAUCUGAGGAAGUUUGGGGAGUUUUUUUUUUUUUUUUUGGGGGGGGGGGUUGGGGGGGGGGCUGGGAAUCAGGCCUUGGGUGCUUCGGGAUUACCUCUGGGAUCUCUGUGGUUGCUAAGGCAACUCCGCAUGCUCCUCUAGCUCCUGCAGCUUGUGACCUGAGCUGUGAUGUGGCAGUAAUUAGUGUCUACUUAAAUUUAAUGGUUAGAGAUGUAUGUGAAGUGUCCCGAAGAUGAUCAUGGUUCUGAGUAUCUCCAGAGAAAGCUAAGUCUUUAAUAUUGCAAAGAUGCUGACAACUCAAAAAUACAUUUCUGUGGCUCGAUUUUUUGAAUGCCCUGAGACAUACCUUGAAGUGAAUUUGGCAGAAACA